AUGUCCAAGCCCGGCCAGUACAUCCUCCUCUCCCUCCCGACCUCCAUCGUCCCCUCGCACCACCGCGACGACGCCCUCGACGCCGUCUCGGCCACCGUCUCCCCCGAGAAUGGCUCCGUAGCCUCCUUUCCGAUCCCGGAGUUCAAGAUCGGCACGCUAGAUGCGCUGGUGCAGCAGGCUGACGAGCUGGCCAAGCUUGAGGCCUCAUGCCAGGGCGUCGUGGCCAAGGUCGGCGAUGCAUUGAAGAAUAUCCUGGAGGGCGAUGAGGCGCAGAUUGAGCGCAUGAAGGUUGUGAAUGAUAAGCCUGUUGAUCAGUACUUGCGGACGUUCUCGUGGAACAAAGUCAAGUACCGCGCGGAUAAGCCGCUGGCGGAGUUGAUCGAUCUGUUGCAGAAGGAAGCUGCCAGUAUCGACAGUGACAUCCGGUCCAAAUACUCGCAAUAUAACCAAGUUAAGAACACGUUGGCGACACUUCAGCGGAAACAAACAGGAAACCUCUCUACAAAAUCCCUCGCCUCCGUGAUCGACCCUCGAUCCAUCGUUCAAGACUCCGAGUACAUCGAGACCCACCUGAUCGCCGUGCCCUCUCAGCUAGUCAAAGACUUCCUCAAGACCUACGAGACCGUCGCCCCGAUGGUCGUGCCUCGCUCCGCGCAAUUGCUCGCCGAGGAUAACGAAUUCUCGCUGUACGCCGUGACUAGCUUCAAGAAGCAUAGCGUCGAGUUCGUGCACAAGUGCCGUGAGCAGAAAUGGAUUCCGCGCGACUUCAAGUAUGUCGAGGGCGGCAAGGAAGAGGAGCGCAAGGAGGUUGAGCGGGUUGGUGGCGAUGAGCGCAAGCUAUGGGGUGAGACACUGCGACUGGGUCGGACUGCCUGGAGCGAGGCGGUCAUGGUCUGGAUCCAUAUUCUGGUUCUGCGGGUGUUUGUAGAGACCGUCCUGCGGUAUGGUCUUCCGCUGGACUUUGUCUGUGGUUUGGUUCGGACACCAUCCGCGAAACAAGCAAGCAAGGCCAAGCAGAAUCUCGAAGAGAAGUACUCGUACCUGGCGGGCAAUGCCUUCGGACGAGACAAGAAGGGUCGCAUGAAGCGGGACGACCCGAACGAGAUGCACGCGGCUGCCGAAGGAAGCGCAGAGUACACACCAUAUGUCUUCUACGAAUUCGAGUUCCAGUAA